AUGGCUCCCACCCACAAGGGCAAGAAGAUCAGCAAGAAGCACCUGCUCAAGUUCACGAUCGACUGCACGAUCCCAGUCGACGACCACGUGCUGGACCCGGCGUCGUUUGAAAAGUUCCUGCACGACCGCAUCAAAGUCGGGGGCAAGACGGGCGUGCUCGGGGAUGCCGUCACAAUCACCCGGGAGAAGACCAAGCUGCACGUAGCCUCGUUGCCUCCGUUCAGCAAGCGCUACCUCAAGUACUUGACGAAGAAGUACUUGAAGAAGCAGCAGCUGCGCGACUACCUGCACGUGAUUGCGUCGGACAAGUACACGUACGAACUGCGAUACUUCAACAUCCACGAUGCUGGCAACGACGCCGAAGAGGACGACGAGUAA